AGCAAGCGCAGCGAGCUGUGGGAUACUAGAACAAGACCAAAGAACUACGGAGUCGUGUGUCACAUCUGUUUCCUGGUAAUGAAACGUUGACUGAACUCAAAACAACAUGCUGAUACUGGGCACUGAAGAACUGCGAAUAGCAGAGUCGGCUCUCAAGGAGUAUUUCCCUCAAUCCAUCAAGGUGUAUGGCUGUCUUUUCAACCUCAACAGAGAGAAACCACAUAAUCUAGAAGUCCUUGUGGAUUCCUGGCCUGAUUUUAAAACUCUGAUCUGUAAACCGCAGAGGAAGAGUGUGCAGGAUCGAGAAGGGGUUUUUAAUAUAUACAGCGUGUUCUCGAAAGACAAAGACAACUUGCAGAAACUACUGGAAGAGACCGGUGUUGUUGAUUGGAGCACGUUUGCUUUGUUUGGAGGCAUUGAAAUUGGUCAUGUAGACAUGAUGAGGGAACUUGCUGUUUCCAAAAACGCCUCUUCAAAGAUCAGAUCGGUGACGCAUGUCAUGAUGUUAAGAGAUGUCAAACACCUUCCUCGAUUGCCUUCGGAAAGCAAUGCCUCACACAUGCUUUCCUCACUGGAUGAGUCUCAUGCGGAGCUGGUUAAUAAAACCUGGAGUUACGGUGGCACUCAGAUCAGCUACAGAUCGGUCAAGAACUAUAUACUGAAUUUCCCAAACUUCUGCAUUUUGGAUGAGUGUGGCAGCCCAGUUGCCUGGAUACUGCUCUACCAGCACUGUGCUCUGGGACUUCUCUACACUUUACCUGAGCACCGUAGAAAGGGCUAUGCCAGGGUACUGGUAACUGUAAUGUGCAAACACCUCCUCAGCCAGGGAUAUCCAGUCUACUGCUUCAUUGAAGAAGACAAUGAGGCUUCUUACCGAUUGUUCAAAUCGCUGGGGUUUGAGGAGGAUCCCGACUAUAGAGCAGUGUGGUUUGAGUUGAACUGCCCUUAGAUUCAUUAUUUUCAAAUAUUUCAAGUGUUUGUUUAAUGGAACCUGCAGGGAUAUGAUCAAAUAUGGUAGCUAAGGCAGGAAGUUUGGUUGUACCCAUUUAGAAAGUUCAAAUGGAACCAAACUGGGGUUGCUUUGCUUUCCCUGGUCACCGUAUAAAGGGUUGCACAACAACAUGCUUUCUAUUGGAGUUAAGUGGAAUUGAAAUCCCCAGUUAGAAACAUUCAAAAGGUUUCAUUGUGUAUUUAAUAUAUUUAUUAUGAAUGACUUUAUUAAUGUAUUUGUCAACUGGGUAAGGUCACAGGUACUAAGUCCCAUUGUAUUGUCUUGUUUAAUCUGUUAUGACCUGUGCUUAGGGAAAAUUGAAUACCCAACUGCUGCCCUGAAUUGAAUAAAACACCAUUGUUGAAAUUA